AUGUUUAGUAACAAGAUUCAACUUAGGAAACGUACCCCUGAAAAUGGGACAGAUCGAAAAACGUUUCUAUCGCUUUUAGUGGAUGAAUAUUUGCAUUCCAGUGCGUAUGAUGCUAAAUGCCAAGUAUUAGCUAAUUUGGCUAACUUUGCAUACGACCCAAUAAAUUAUCAAUAUAUCAGAGACGUUGGAGUCUUGGAUAUUUUUCUUCAUGUCAUUAAGAAUGAGAGCAGUCACCAAUUGCUGCAUUUUGCUGUAACAGGGAUCUGCAAUUUAUGCUGCGAUCCACUGAAUGCUGAAUAUAUCAUAACACAGUCUGGACUGAAGCCACUCACUGCUUUACUCAGUUUGAAUCAUAAUGACAUCAUUGCUGACACAAUCACAACUUUGAUGUAUCUCCACAAUAACCAAACAGAAUCUGAAAUCACAGCCUCGGAGGUGGUGCAUCAGAUACAAGAUAUACAAAAAUCUAAUGACAAAAGAUUAGUUAACCUAGCCACUAUAUACCUACAAGAUGUAUGCAAAACAAAUGAGAAUUUAUAA